ACUCCGCCCCUCCCUUUUCUUCUUCAGCCUUUGAGCCCAGAUGGCUGCUCGGCGGAUGACGCGGGAGCCUUUUGAUGCCCUCAUGCAAGUCAAGGCGAAACGGCUUCGUCUGGACAGGAGUGACCCCAUCGACGAGGCCCUCCACCAGCUGAGAGUUCAUUCGCGCCCAGCGCAGCGAACCCGGUACGAGGAUGAGGACGGGGAUUUCCAUGAGGAGAGAAAGUACCUGCACAGCGACUGGAGGGGAGAAGCCCAAGAAGCCGCCAGCCAAGACUAUUCGGUGCCUCCCUAUCAGUCAGAGGAGGAGGAUUACUACACACCCACAUGCUCACGGAACCAAGAUUACGCCCAGGCCCCUUCCCGUGACCGGGACUACGGCCAUUUGUCUUCUGCGGAAAGGGAGCUCCCCGGCCCAUCCACCAGGGAGCGGGGUUACGGUCGCCCGUCCUCUCGGCAAAGGGACUAUGGCCCUGCCUCCUCCCGAGAGACCUCCGGGCUCCGGGAUGCUGGCUACAGUUCAGCAGAGCUGUUGAGUGGCUUCCAUUCUCCAGGGCUAUUGGAAGAGGAGUUUGGGACUGUGAGGAGUCAGGAUUACAACCUGGAGUAUGGCCUGGAGGCGGAGAGAGAGUUUGCUCCCUCUUUACACGCGGGGAGGGACCUGACGGCGAAGUGCAUCCGGGCCCCACAGGGCCUGGUCAAAAGCAAGACAGCUGCGGUCCUCCCCGUGAAGAAAUGGGUCCAGGCUUUGUCCUCAUGCAACCUGCUGGGGGAGCCCGCCGCCCCCUCCAAGGGGAGGGCCUUCCCCGCUCAGCACCUCCAGCUCGGCCAGCGGCCGUCCCUGCCCCCGAGGGGCACCCUGCAGCACGACGACCCGGAAUCCGUGAGGCAUGCCCUGCACAAAGAGCCACAGCUGGACCUCCACGGCCCGCUGGAUGUUUUCACCACCUUUGGGGUGGAGAUCAUCAAGUGGGCCGGCUUCCACAAGAUCAAGAAGGACCCGGAGUACACGGAAAUGUUCCGCAUCCUCUUCAAGCUGGAGACGGAGACGUGCGCCAAGAUGCUGGCCUCCUUCAAGUGCUCGCUGAAGAUGGAGCACCAGGACUUCUGCUAUUCCGUCGUGCGGACUCUGCAGCACCCGGCGCUGCGGACGCCCAAAGUGGACGGCCAGUUCUUGAACCUGCUGCUGGAAAAGAAGCUGGUGGCCACCAAGAACGGCUUCUUCCAGCUCAUCAAACCUUUUGACCGGUACAUGAUGCACCUCCAGGCCUGCCUCCUGAAGAGCGCCGUCCCACUCCUGAUGGCCUGCAAUGCCUACGAGCUGAGCUUGAAAUCCAGCAGCUUCAGCGACCCGGGGCAGAUGGCGGCUGCCUUCGAGACCACCGCCUCCCUCUGCCGGAAGGCCCUGGUGCUCGUCGGCCAGACCUUCGCCAUGGCCUCCUCCUUCCGGCAGGAGAAGAUCCUGGAGGCCAUCGGGCUGAAGGAGGUGGCCCCUCUGCCCAUCUUGUUCCCCAAUUUUGACACCUCGGCCUUGUUUGGGAAGGAGUACAUUGAACACCUGCAGGGCUGGCUGGAGAAGAGCGGGUCCCAGGUGCAGCUGAAGAGGCCAAGGGUGGAGACCCCCAGCCCACAGGGCGCUCCGGAAACCAAGCCGAAGAUUAAGAUUCCACAACGCGCUGACCGGAAGGUCACCGAGACAAUUGAGAAGAUGGUGGAGGGCAUCGUUUCUGGCACUCUGAAAGGGAAAGAGAGAGCUCAGCUGAAGGACAACCCAGACUACUGGUUUCUGAAGGAAGAGGACAGCCUGGAGCACAAAUAUUACAAGCUCAAGCUGUCCGAGAUGCAUUGGCUGAGGUCUGCAGCCAAGGAAAAGCCCAAGCAGGAGAAGACCCCUCAGCUGCAGGAUUUGGCUGUCAUGCAGGCCUUGCUGCGCGCCCGCAAGGUCCUCCGCAUCAAGAAGCGGCUCUUCUGGAAGAGGAGGCCCAGGAUCCUUCAGCGGCGGGUGGCGAGAGCCCAGAGGGUGAAGCGGGCCACCGUGGGGACCCAGACGCUCCUGUCCGCCGAGACAGUGCUCAAGGAGCAGGGCCUGCCGCAGAGCCCCAUAGCCCACCCAGCAGAGACCGCCUUGGAAAAGGCAGGAGUCUGCGACUCAGCCACCGACCCAGAAGAUGCGUCCGGGGAAGGUUUGAGUGCUGGAAGCUCGCUUGGGCUAGCAUGCCAGUUCCCUGACGUGGAUCCCAAAACGAUGGUGACAGCAGAGAGGCUGGCCAGGUUUGUGGCGGAGGUGGGACCUGAGAUGGAGCAGUUCAGCAUCGACAACAGCGCAGAUGACCCGGAUCUGUGGUUCCUGCAUGACCGUGAGAGCUCAGCCUUCAGGUUUUACCGGAUGAAAGUCUACGAGCUGUGCCCCUCCAUGAACUUCAGCGCCAUUCCAGGGCCUGCCAGCGAGAGCCCCGCACCCUCGGAGGGCGACUGGGAGAACAAUGAGGAGGAGGAGGAGGAGGAAGAAGAGGAGGAGGAGGAGGCUCCCCAGUCCGGAGUGGAAGAGGAGGAAGCUCCAGCAGGGUCUGCCAGCGUGGGAGCCUCGAGUACAGCUGGAGAAGGGCAGUCCGAGGGCCCCACCUCAGAAGCACCUGCCCAGGCUCCUCUGCGGGGCGGGGCCUUUGGGCGCAAGAGGGCCAGCAGCAGGUCCUUGAAGGUGGGCCUGAUUCCAGCCUCCAAGAGGGUCUGUCUCAUCGAUGAACCGAAAGUCCACGACCCCGUCCGGAUUGCGUAUGACCCACCCCGUGGCUAUCAGACCCACAAAAAUAAGUGGCAGAAAUCAAAGGAUUUGGAGUUUUCCCACAAGCGACUGAACCAGAAGAACAUUGGCUUCCAGAUGCUGCAGAAAAUGGGCUGGAAGGAAGGCCUUGGGCUUGGUGCCCACGGAAAGGGCAUCAAGGACCCCGUCAAAGUGGGCUCCACCUCAGCGGGGGAGGGCUUGGGUGUGGCGGGGGACGAGAACAAGGAGGACACCUUUGCCACCUUCCGCCAGAGGAUGAUCCAGAUGUACUAUCUGAAAAGAGCCUGUAAUAAAUAGAAUGAGCUUUGAACCAAAGAAGCGAAGAUCAUUGUGCUGGAGAGAGGUCUGGAGAGAGGACAGGCCAUCUUCUGAGAAUCCCCCACCCCUUUUAAAUUUGGAGCAAUUAGAAGAGCAAAUUGCUCUUCAGAAUCCGUAACCUCCUAAACAAAUCAAAACGAACAUUGCCAUUCUUUGGAUGCAGGAACGGCUGGGUCUACUUUUUGAUCAAAUCUCUUAACAAGAACCUAGGAUGUCAAGCUCCCCCCCCCCCCACUUACGCAAGGCCAACUUGCGUACAGCCACGUGUGCAUGCAGUGCCGGGAAAUAAUAAAUCAAUUGGCUGCUUCUACCUGCAGCUCAGAUCCCCACUCCGAGUGCUGUGGGGCACAUGUCCACACACACACACACACACACACACCAGCCUGGUCCUGGCUGCAGCGACAAUCUCAAGGUGUGAGUGGGCAGAGGGAGGGGACAUGGGCACAUGGGAUCAGCGCUUGGGCACUGCACUGCUGGGUCUGAAAGCACCUCUCAAGGGCACCCUAGAGGAUGGGCAACCCAGUGCCCCACUAGCCGUGCGGCCCUGAGCCAGCAGGUGAGGCACAAAUCCAUCUCCGAACCAGGCAGGGUCAGUGCUCAGAGGAGAAAAGGAGUGGCAGGGGGAGAGUGUGAGUAGCUGAGCUGAUCGGGGGGCUGUGGAUCAAAGCGGUAAGGGGAGGGGAGGAGGAAAUCAAAGGAAGUGAACAACUGUGGCCUGGAAGUCUCUCAGGACUGCUGCCCGGGAGGGAUGGGACGGAAGGCUCAGGGCAGCAGCCCCGACGACGCAUGUGAGUCUGUCUCUUCCCCGUGCGCCCUCCCUAUUAAAGCAGCAUGCCCCCCACUUUAUGCAAUUUCACUUCUGCAUGUGGGGCCCCCGGAGCAUAACCCCUGCGUAGGUGGGGGUGUGUGCCUGUAUCCAUUCCAGACAGGACAAAAAAUGGACUGUCCUCUAUGUGGACAAUAUGAUCAUCCUGCCUUUCGCAAGAUUCAGAAAUUCCACCUUUACACAAUUUGAUGUCUUUUUCUUUUCAACUGCUUUGGGUCUGCACGACGAGCUGAAGUUAUUGAAUAACCAUUACUUGUUCGAUUUAUUGAACCAUCGCUUUGUUUGCUUUAAAUAAAAUACAGUAUGUAGAAACCGAUA